AUGAUCUUACUCGAGAUCAAUAAUAGAAUCGUAGAAGAUACUCUUACCGUCAAGUUUAAGAAUGCAUUAGCUGGGCACAAACAGGACUCAAUAGAUAUAACUAUAGCUGACUUUGAUGGGGUUUUAUUUCAUAUAUCAAAUGUUGGUGGUGAGAAAUCUAAGCUGUUGGUAAGCAUUUCUUUGAAGUUUUACAAACAGUUGCAAGAACACGGAGCGGAUGAGUUAUUGAAAAGGGAAUAUGGUCCCUUAUUAGUUGAACCUGAAACAGGGUACAAUGUGUCACUCCGUAUAGAUCUUGAUAAUGUACCUUCAGAUUGGGAAAAUGUUGUCAAGAAGAUCGGAUUGUUAAAAAGAAAUUGUUUCGCUUCAGUAUUUGAAAAGUAUUUUGAUUUUCAGGAAAAGGGUGAUUUCAGUGAAGGGCUUAAGAGGGCUGUUAUAAAUUACAGGAACGAAGAGACUAUGUAUGUAGAAGCCAAAUCGGACAGAGUGACUGUUGUUUUUAGUACAAUAUUCAAAGAUGAAGAUGAUGUAGUCAUAGGUAAAGUGUUUAUGCAGGAAUUUAAAGAAGGAAGGCGUGCAAGUCAUACAGCACCACAAGUUCUAUUCAGUCAUAAAGAGCCACCGUUAGAACUUCAUAAUACCGAUGCCGUAGUAGGAGAGAAUAUUGGAUAUGUAACAUUUGUUUUAUUUCCUAGACACACAAACAGAGAUGCGAGAGACAAUACCAUUAACCUCAUUCACAUGUUCCGAGAUUAUUUACAUUACCAUAUUAAAUGUUCUAAAGCCUAUAUACAUUCCAGAAUGAGAGCUAAAACUUCAGACUUCUUGAAGGUCCUUAAUAGGGCCCGACCUGAACCAAAGAACGUUGAAAAGAAAACAAUUACAGGUAGAACAUUUAUCAGGAAAGAAAGAAUCGAUUGA